CGUGGUAAAAAAGCAUCGAUAAUUCGCUUCGUUCGCUUCGUUCGCUUCGUUCGCUUAUUUAUUAUGUCCGAAUGACACUGUGAAUAUGAUACUGUAUUACCGAUAAUGGUAACGAAAGUGUACAAGUUUGCGACACGUGUGACUGAAAGAUCUGCGGUUCUUGUGUAUGCUAAUUUCAAUCUCGUUUACAGAUUUCUACCUUUUCCCAAGAGUUGGCCGCGUGGUGUAGCACCAGUAAGCAGUUACAUACUUUGGUCGCAGUAAGUAAAACCCCGGGCAUACUCCGUGCUCCGAAUUAGCAUUCUCCGUUUCUCUCUGUUUUUUCCUUAUUUUUCCUAAAAGCUAGAAUUCAACAAGUAUUUACAUAGUGUACAGAAUACUUGGUCCUUGUUGUUUUUUUUAAAUGAGUAUUCCACGUAAUCGAUAUUUUGGAAAGCAUGAAGCAUCGAGCAUUGAGCAUUGAAAUCUCUAACACUGUGCAACAAGCGAUUCAAUGAAUCGAAAUUUUUUAAGUAACGAUUGAAAAUUUAAAAAAAAAUUGACCAGUAGUAUCGUAUAAGUAUCGUCGAUCAUUCGCGUAUGUUCAUCGUCAGUUAAAUCGCUUCAGUUGAUAUCGUCCGCGUUAGAAACAUAAGUAGAUACUUACAUGCAUUUAGGGUGUGGCUAAAACCGCUCGAAAACGGAAUCUACAAUAUCGACUAAUGUCACUCUUAUCGUAUCGAUCAGGUGAUAUUAUUAGAAAACCUACUACCCUUUAUGGGAGGUCGUGUCUCCUAGAAAAUUCUAAUUUGUCUAAUUCCUUUUAUUUAAUAUAAUAUGUAUCGGUAGUAUAGUAAGAAACCGGUGAAACAAGUCGAAAGAAAAAAAGAUGCGUUGAGAUUUGGCGCUGCACAUCUACCAGAAGUGCGCGCGCCAUCUACCGGAAAGACGCGAUACAAUAUUUGAUUAGAAUCGUUUCGCCCCUCUACUCGAUUCAUCAAUUUCAUCGGUAGAGUUGAACGUGGUUCGAAGAUGGCGAUAAGAGGGUAGAACGAGCAGACGCUUCGCAAGGAAGUCUCUUUCUUGCCGUGAUAGCCAAAGCUUGGGCUCCCGUUGUGUCAGUGGGACGGUCGUCGCAACAAGCGUCCUCUUUGCUUUGGUCGUCUAAAAAGCCCGUUUCGUCUUCGAAUUUGUAUGUAUUUAUAUUUGUAUAUGGUGGUGGGUUCUUCGCUGUUGGCUAACCAAUACAGCGAGUUCGAGGGAAAUACUUUAAUCUAAUCGUAUCGGAAACCAAUUGCAUCGAUGCGUUACGUACGUAUGUUUCCAACAAAGAAAACGACAAUGAAAUCAAAGCUCCUUCGUAAACUUUAAACGGUCUAGUCACCGAAGGAAAACCUUUGAAGAGGUAAACUGGAUACGUCUAACGAUAAGAAAGUAUUUUAUUUAUAAUCAAAGUUACAUCCUGCUAAGGAUGCUGAAAGCCCGCGUUUUCGUUAAUCGUUGAAAAAUUUGCCAAAGAGAACGGUUUACCAAAAACAAAAGGAAAAGGAAAAGGAAAAGGAAAAGGAAUAAAACCAAAGAUCAAAAAGACUUGUUCAAACUUGGAUUGGAUGAUAGAAUCAUAGUCAGAAAUAUUUUAAUUAUAGUUGUAUAAUCGUAGCAAAGAAGAGAUUGCUUCUUGAAGAAGACAAAGACUGAAAAGCAAACAUAAGCGACAUCGAACGAGACAUUUGAUGGUUUUUCAAGGAUUAUUCGUCGGACGAAUAGAAAUAGGUAGAGGAGAGACAGCGAAAGAGAAAGAAGAAUGAUCGGGGUGGAUGUAGGAAAGGAUAGAUUGAUACGGGAGAAAGGUGAGAGCUCGUCAGAGAAGGGUUGGAAAAACGAAAGAGGCAAAGGGGAAAGGGGGGUUUGAAAGAGGCGGAGGGGGAUAAAAUCCAAGCGAUAUCGACCGCGAAUUGCGCUUGCGCGGAAAAAGGCGCGCAAUCGCUCUGUCAAGGAAGCGGCGGUAUCGUCGCGGGAUAUACAGAGAGAGAGACAAGUCAGUCGAUCGUCGCAACGAGCAACGUCGUCGACGAGUGACCCUGCCCUUUAAUCGAUUCCUUUUUAUCGACGCAGCGUCGUCCCGUUGUCUCGCGACCGAUCGACCGAUCCUCCUCCUCCUCUUCCUCCUUCUCCAACAUCAGCCCUUGUUGCAACGUUCGAUCGUGUUUCGACGGCGAGAAAACUCGUCGCCUGUUCGUCAACCAUAUUCCGUAAAAUAGUUUUCUCCGUCUUAUCGUUUCAUCCCUUCUGCCCGGAAUUCUUUUCAACUCGCGGUGAUUCCAAUGCGCGCAUCAACCAAAUCCGUAUUAUCCGAACAAAACGGAUGGGUGCGAAAGGUGAAGUCGUUGUCGAUGAACGCGCGCUAGAAUCGUAAGUAAGAGCCUUGCUGUCGAAAACGAAUUCUUUUUGAUCGUUGCGUCUCCGCCGUUAGAAACUUGACAGCAGUCUCGAAAAAUUAGGCAGAAAAGAUGAAAGAGCAGCAACGCGAUUUCGUCUAGUUUCGUGUCGUCAAGCGUUAUCGCGAUAACGAAGCAAUAGCAUAUUAGGUACACCGAACAGGCAGAAACAGAAAGAAACGGAAAGGGAAAUACAAAGGAGGGAGGGAAGGAAAAGAGACGGAAUAUCGAAGCGAUAAGAGUCCGAUAACCGAGCGUAUUCACUUUAACAACGCGCGUACCCGCCACCGUUUCGUCGUUGACUCGACCUCUCCUUUGCCGUGGCGAAGACGACGACGACGACGACGACGACGACGACCACGAGAAGGAUGAAAAACGGAAAUUUUCUUAAAAAAGUAUCCUCGUGUCAUCUACGAUACUCUUGGAGGAAGAAGCUGGACGAUGAUAGCAAGAGCUACGAUUAACGGCCGUUUCUUAAGAAUAAACGACUCGCUCGCAUCCAAGUCUCCCGACACGACUAAACUUGACGAACGUAACGUUUCCUUUCUUUGAAAUAAAAGAAGACUAAGGAACCAGAUGGCCAGCCUCGAUAUGCAACAACAGACCGUUUUAAGCGAAAUUGUUGAAAACGAAAGAGCGCAAGAGGAAAUUGAGUUGACCGAACUACUGCCGGUGAAACAGUGUGAAAUCAGCCAAGAAAACGUAAUUUUUGCGCGAGCUAACUUUAGCGUGAACGCGGAAGUGGACCCAAGCACGAGCGAUGCUUUACAAGUACUUGCAAGUUUCGGUAUCGCCGACGAAUGCAACAAGGAACAGUUUUCUAGAAGAAUUCUACAACGAGCAGGAAAACAGACUCGCGGAGAUUGUCGUGGAGAAAAGCCACGGAAGCAGAUCGACGAUAGCGACGACAGCGAAAUCGAUCUUGCCGCUAGCCAUAUCAAACUAGUUAAUCAAACGUUCGAAGAUGACGAGGCGAAAAGGAAAAGGGAAAGGGAAAGGAAAAGGAAAAGAAAACGGGUGGAUAGGAAGGAGGCGAAAUUCUGUAUCGUCGGAGACGAGGAAAAGGAGAGAAAGGAGGAGGGAAACGAGGAAGAGUCGAUAAACGUUUACCUCAGCCACGGGAAAAGAAAUUUCUUGAUGGAAUAUAACGAAGAAGAACCAACUUAUCUGGAUCUUGACAAAAAUAAUCAUGCGAACGAUGAAAUUUACGUGUUUCGUCGCGAACCUCUGGACUCGGAACAGAGAAGAAACAGAAACAGAAAUUCGAACAAUGCAGAUGAGGUUUACGAAAAUAAUUACCACCCACCACCACCACCACCACCACCACCACCGACAACUACCGAUGGCGCGUUGUUUGAUCGCAUGGCGAUAUCUUGCCGAAAGAGAAGCGAAAUGGUCGUCGUUGAGAAACAAAUCGAAGAGAAGGUAGAAAAUCGGACGAACCCUAUCGUCGAAGGAAAUUAUCUCGACGAGGGGGAAAACAACAACGUGGUGCGAUCGAAUCGAUUCAAAAUCGAAAACGAAAUUGACGAAAUUAAUCAAGAGGAGAAGGAUCGCGACGACGACGAUGACGAUGACGAUGACGAUGACGAUGACGAGGUCGAUACAGAUAUUUCCAAGGAGGAGAGUCGGCAGAAAAAGUAUUGUUGCGUCGUGUGCGAGGCUCGGUUCAAAGGCAGCGGUGGACUUCGCAAUCAUUACAAAAUCGUGCACGGAGCUGGACCGGUGUUCAAGUGCGACGAGUGCGGUAAAGAAUUUCCGUUGAAGGAAAGAUUAAAGCUACACGUGAGAACGCAUACCGGCUUCAAGCCGUACAAAUGUUGCGAGUGCGACAAGAGCUUCGCCAGGGGAGGACAGCUGGUGCAGCAUCGACGCACUCACAGUCAGGUUAAACCGUAUCGUUGCGGCCUCUGUUCCGGCACGUUCACCUGCGCGGCGAACCUUGCGUUGCACGUGAAACGUCACAAUGGCCAAAAAGAUCACAAGUGCGAAAUUUGCGGUCGUGCGUUCGUUCGACGAGACGCUCUGAAGAAACAUCUCGAGUGCCUUCACAGAGACGUGAAAUCGUUUCUUUGCGUGAUUUGCAACAAAACUUUCAAGGGUCAUUUACCUCAGCACAUGAGGACGCACGCGCGCGAUCGACCCCAUGGAUGCGCCACUUGUGGCCAAAGAUUCGCUCAAAAGUCUCAGCUGACGGUACACCAGAGGACUCAUUCCGGACAGAGGCCGUUCAGGUGUUUGGUCUGUUGGCAGGCUUUCGCGCAUUCGACCGCGCUCAAGUUGCACACUAGAAGGCACACCGGCGAACGCCCGUUCAAAUGCGCCGAGUGCAACGCCGGCUUUACACAGUUACCCCACUGGAAGAAACACAUGAAAUGUAUUCACGGCCGAAACGAGCCGUACGCCUGCAACAAGUGUAAAAGUUUCUUUCGAAUCAAAAACGAUUUGGAAUGUCACGAAAAAACUUGUCAUCCCGAGUUUCCGAUCAUCAUCUCUCACGAUCUUCGCGACCGGCAUCCUGACCAUCCUGGCCAUUCGAACCCUCCUCGUCGAGGCUCGUCGACCAAUCCAGCAGCGGCAGCGGCAGCGGCGGCGGCGGCGGCGGUGGCGGCGGCGGAUGCUUUCACACCAUCAGCCCCGCCGCCACCGCCACCGCCACCCUUUUCCAACGAGCAGCUCGUCGACAAGCAUUCUUCACCGGCUUCAAAGUAUCGCUUGAUGACCGUCGAGCGGAUGAGACUGUUGCUCGCGGUUUUGCUCAAGAGGAUCAGUAAACAGGAGAGACUGGACGAGCUAGGUUUCGGCAAAAGACUGAUCGAUCAAGUCCUUCACGAUUCUCUCAUAUCCGCCGGUAAAGAUCCGGUAGCGAGCCACGGUCUCUCCGAACUCGAGACUCUGACGAAAAAUCUCGAGAUAUUUCUAAAAUGGACCGUACCGAAAGAACACUGGGAACAUUUUCGUCGAUUAAACAAAACUCCCGAAGACAUCUUGGAAACGCUUACCGCUACCUAAAUCAAACUCUAAACGACACCAAAGAUUAUCGAAACGAACACGGAGGCUUUUCUUAAAAUCAGCGAAAAAAUAUAGAAAUGUAGUCGAGCCGAUUCGAUUCGAUCCGAUCCGAUUCGAUCCGAUUCGAUCCGAUCGUGUGAAUAAUAGGGAUAAAGGGACAAGGAAAACAAGAGAGAGCGAGAGACUAUUUUAUUAAUUGUUCGUUGUAACGUACCGUAGAUAACGAAAACGUUAGUAACGAUUUAUCAAAAACGCGACGCGCACACAUCGUUUACGUUUACGUUUCGUUUAAAGUUAAUACGUGCUAGUCCAAAGUGCAAACGCUAUAUUUAUGAUAACGUUUUAAGCUGAUUACCUUGCACUCUUCGAUUCUCUAACAAAUCUAUCUAUUUAAUAAGAAAAUAAUCGACUGAUUUACUACUAAAGUUUCCAAAGAAAAGUUCGCGAUAAUGUUGUUGCCAUUUUUUUAUUUCUUACUUUUUAUUUUAUUUCCAUCUAACUAUGGAAAAUAGCUAAUGAAUUUUCCGUGUGAUAAGUUAAUUUAAUUAACGCGUCGAGUGCCAUACCGUUCGCAUCAAAUAAUUACGAAUGCUGUAAAACAUCCUAUGCGAAGCGGUUAAUUUUUUUUUCUUUUUUUUUCCUUCUCUAAUAUACAUAUUAAGAAGACGAGAAUCGCGUUUCGCUAGUAAUCGUAAAUUACUAGGAUCUAAUUACGUCGGCUUACCCGCGAAAGAGGCUUACAUGCGUGUUCCUUUAAACUUUAAACAGUUUAAACGUAUCUAAAAAUAUUCUUCUAGCAAAGAACGCGUUAGCAAUUUUUUAUUUUCUUUACGGUGCCAUUAAUCGUUAUUCAACUUUUUCUUGCCAUUUUCUAAACAUCAACGAACAUAUUAUUAUAAUUGUGUUCUUAUUUCGCGCGGGUCGUAUUAUUACGGUUAAAAGUAUUCAGUUUGUAAGAAACAAUCGCGUUUGCUUAAAAAUUUCAAAGUACCGUUCAAAAGAUUAACGUUCUUUUCCAUCGAACAAACAAAUGUCUGUUUUUCCACCAAAGAGAGAAGGAACGUUAAGACGCUUCUUGCCAGAUUUCUUAGCAUUUACAAUUUAGAUACCACUUUGGAUCUCCUUAGGUGAUCUGUACAUACAUACGUAUAUGUAUAUGUCCUAAAUCGAAGAGGCUAAAAUGAUAUGCUACAUUUAUACAUAAUUUACCUUAUCUUUUCUUUUCUUUUCUUUUCUUUUCUUUUCUUUCUUGCAAUACAUUUCUCUUUCAUCUUUUAUAACGCGUAAAAAAGAAAACACCGCCUUUUCGCGAUGAGAGAUAAUUGAGACUCGGAAAGAACGGGGACUUUAAUGCCUAUGGGUGUUCUAUCAUACUUCUUACCACAGUAAUUUUCAUUAACGCGCGUUAUUCGAUUUCACCAAAUGUUCGGUUACUCGCGUAUUCUCCACGCGUUUUUACUUCUUUACGCGCCUACUUUUAAAACGCGACAUUCUUUAGGUAGGUAUAAGUAAAUGUGACCAGACAAUAAUGAUGAAGAUUGCAAAAUAUAUAUACACUUUUAGAUAGAUAUCGCGUACGCGCAAAAUCACACGCAUAGUAUAUAAAUAUUAGCGAAUGAACAAAAAAAAAAAAAAAUAUAUAUAUAUAUAUAUAUAUACGUAUAUAUUAGAUAUACAUGUUAUAUUAUCGUGCGACAAAUACAAAUAGAGACAAGAUAGUGAUAAAUAUACGUUUCUAUGUUCCCUACCGCAUUAGCAUUAUAAUAAUGCCAUUUGAAUUCGUUUGAAAAAGGUUUGAACGUUCUAUGAAACGUGUAGCAAGGUGCUAUUGCGUACUACGUAAAAACGUUUCAAACGUUUCGUCAUCACUGUUCGUUUUGCCGGGUAAACCCUGUCCGAAUCGAGAUUUCAAGAAUAUAAGAACAAUUUCAUUUUCGAGAUGAAUGAAUGUUUGUUUCUUCGUUUGUUCGUUUGUUCGUUUGUUCGUUUGAGAACGCAUAAUAAAGGAGAAUUUGUUCGAUUUGCAUAUCGUUGAAAUAAAUUCAUCUUGCUGUGCGCGUUCAAGUUUAAUAGCAAAUCGCGAAAUUGUACAUUGAUACGAAUAACGACGAGACAUUGUCACGAAAUUUAUUCGAAAGAUCGAAAUCUACUUUUGCGCCCGGUAUAGAAAUGCAAACAAACCUUGUCGAAAGCAUUGAAUAUAGAUCGAGGUCAAAGGGGACUCGACGAAUACGGUACAAUUCGAGCGGAGAUUUCAAUGUUUCGACGUUUAAUUUCACUCGAUUUAAGUUAGACGACGGUGCCAAAGCAACAAUUUUUUAUUCACCUUGACACACGAUAGCUUGCGUGGUCAAUUGUUAUAUGUUUCUUCUCGAUUCCGCGAUUUCGCGAUUUCGCGAUUUCGCGAUUUCGAACAAACGUUAUUUCACAUUUAUAUUUUCCACUCUCCUUUGUAGUUUUCUGUUGAGCGCAUUAUCGAAAAUAUUUCAAGUUAUAUUUAUCGUUUUUUGUUAUACGCGUGCACGUAAAAACGUGCACGCGUGCCUGUUAUCCGCAUUCUAUUAUAUUAUAUUAUAUUAUAUUAUAUUAUAUAUAAUACAUAUUGUACUGUACAGUUGAAACGGUCAUUCAAAUAAAAUGUUUUCUCUUUCUUUCUA